CUUCUGGCCGAUUACCUCCACUUUCUUCUCUGCGACGCCCACCCCCAUCCCCUCGUCCUCAAGUGCUUUCCACUUUCCACUCCACCCACUCGCUCCCAGGUCGAUUCCGCCCUCCGACUUAUCAGUCCCGACCACUACCGCGACGCCGUACUCGGACCUCUCCAAUUCAAGGCCUGGGCCGUCCACCUCUACUCUGAUGCCAUCCUGUCUCGUGCGGCCAAAGCCCUUCUAUUCCGUGUUCCCGUUGUAGUCGCUGGCAUCGCUGGAAUCGGCGCUCUCACUCGCUCCGGUAAUCGAUUCGUCGGCACCGCUAUUGGGCCCUACUCCCUUGGCGUUGCUGUCUCUAUAUUUCUUGGUUUAUCUGGAUGAUAACGUCCUCUCUUUUUCCAAUCAUAAAAUCCGUCACGUGUAGAGCUUUAUCUGGUACUUAAACUUUUUCGCCCGCCACAGCUCUGUAUCUAUCUCAUUCUUCUUGUUGUUGUAUAGUUGCUUAUGAUGAUGUGUUUCCAAUCCAUAGAUUUAAUACCUGGCAGCCUAGCUUAUUCUGAUAAAACGCCAGGCAGGGUGAAGCUUGGUUUCCUUCGUUGUCGAUUCGGCAGCUUGCAUUGCAUUUGACAACUUUGAUCUCUCUAUGGUUACUUCGCCUCCAGGUUAUCUGUGUCAGAAUCAGAAUAUUUGCAUGCC